UUUUUUUUUUUUUUUUUUUUUUUUUACUGGUGGUGUUAUUUUCAGGGAGGGAUCUUGUGUAAGUGUGGUGGUGGUGGGAACAAGGUAUAUAUAUACGUAUGGUUUUAUAUGUAUGUAUGUAGUAUAGUUAUAUGUUCCUGAUGUUCUCAGAAGGUGGAGUGUCGCCUCCCUGCUCCCUCUGGAUGUCAACAAUCACACGUGCGCGAGGACCUGAGGGGCGCCGCCUGGCCGAGACUCAGUGAGAUUCAGUGACUGAAGGGAGGGCAGCACCGAGGCCCCAGGGAAAGGGAGAGGCAAGAUGGGCCGCUCAAGACUUAAGUACAAACCUAAACCAACUGUUGUGACCGAUGACUCUGAGGCGAAAAGAAUUAAAGUAGAGAUUGACAGCACAGAGAAGUAUGAUGAGAGCAAUGCUCUGGUGCUGCCAUCGGCCAAGCGAGCGACAAAAAAGCUCCGGGACAAGAGUGCAGGACCAGUCAGGCUCCUCUCAAAGAAGAAAAGAAAACAUCUGGAGAAAAUUGUUGAGCAAAAGGAGAAGAAGGCCAAGCGAGCAGACCUCCUUGCAGCGCUGCAGGAGGUGAAAGCCAAGCCGCAGGACCUGGCCAAGUUGACACAGCUGCAGGAAACCCAGACACUUGGUCGCAAGAAAUUCAUGGCAAGCGAUUUCACAUUUAUCAACAACAACCAGGAGGAGGAGGAGAGCCAGGAGCCUGGGAGGAUGCCAAGUUGUGUCAGGGGAGGGAAGAGGAAGAAGCGGAAAAGACCGCCACAGGAGGAAGAGGAAGAUGAGGAAACAGAAGAGGAGGAGAAGCAGCAGCAGCAGUCAGAUCCUACAGUGGUUAGGCUUGGGGAAGUGUCCAGCAGCAGUGAUGACGAGAGUGAUGAGGAUGAAGACAAGGCAGAGGAAGAAGAACAAGAAGCACCACAAAAAGAAGAAAAGGAAACAGAUGCCAAAGAAUCAGUGACGAUGGAAAACCAGGAAGACAACAACAAGGCAGAUGAAAAGACAGACACAAAAGAGAAAGGAGGAUUAGGUAGUGGAGAUGGCAAAGAAGGCUCAAGCCACACAGAGGCAACCAAGAAGCCACAGCCAGCCAUCUACAUGAGUGUGAAGCGGCCAGCAGAGGUGCAGGCAGCAAGACUGAAGCUUCCCAUCCUGGCAGAAGAGCAGGCGGUGAUGGAGGCAAUCAACGAGCAGCCCGUCACAGUCAUUGUUGGCACCACAGGCAGCGGGAAGACAACGCAAGUGCCUCAGUUCCUUUAUGAGGCCGGAUACACCAGUGGAGGCCGAAUGAUUGGAAUAACUGAGCCAAGGAGGGUGGCCGCCAUCUCCAUGUCGAAGCGGGUGGGGCAGGAGAUGAGUCUCUCGCCCCGCCAGGUGUCCUACCAGAUCAGGUUUGAGGGCAACGUCACCCCAGACACCUGCAUUAAGUUCAUGACUGACGGAGUGCUGCUGAAGGAGAUACAGCUGGACCCAACACUGAAGAAGUACUCAGUCAUCAUCAUUGACGAGGCGCACGAACGCAGCGUCUUCUCGGACAUCCUGAUUGGCAUUCUGUCACGCAUCCUUCCCCGGCGGCAGGCAAGGGGCAACCCACUCAAGCUGAUCAUCAUGUCUGCUACACUCAAGGUGGAGGACUUCACUCUCAACCCUCGCCUCUUCAAGGAACCCAAGCCUCCUGUCAUCAAGGUGGAGUCGCGCAUGUUUGACGUCACAAUCCACUACAACAAGCGUACCGUGGAUGACUAUGUUGGGGAGGCGUACAAGAAGACCUGCAAGAUCCACCGCCAGCUGCCUGAAGGAGGGAUACUGGUGUUCCUGACAGGUCAGCAAGAGGUCAACACGCUAGUCAGGAAGCUGCGCGCAAUCUUCCCCAUGCCAAGACAGGACGGGAAGGAGGCAGGGAAAGCUGUGCCCAAUGUCAGUGGCUACCGGAGGAAGAAGGAGGAACGCAAGGCCCAGCGCAAGACAGCAAAGGAAGGAUCCACACAGAAGAUCAUCCUUCCUGAAGUGAAGUUGGAGAACUUUGUGUCUGCCCUUCCUGAUGACGGUGAGGGGGAGCUGGAUGAGGGAGGGACAGAGCUGGAGGACCGAGGGAUCACCGACCACGGGGACUCGGAUCUCGACCUUGAUGGGGAUGAGGAGGAGGAGGAGAACGGACCAAGAGGGAAUGAGCAGCCUCUGUGGGUGUUGCCGCUGUACUCCCUCCUCCCUCCUGAGAAGCAGCAGCUGGUGUUCCAGCCGCCACCGGAGGGGACGCGGCUGUGUGUGGUGGCAACCAAUGUGGCAGAGACGUCGCUCACUAUCCCCAGUGUGAAAUAUGUGGUGGACAGUGGCCGGGUGAAAGAAAAGGUGUACGACAAGGUGACGGGGGUGUCCAUGUUUCACGUCACCUGGACCUCCCAGGCAUCAGCCAAUCAGAGGGCAGGGCGUGCCGGCAGGACAGCGCCGGGCCACUGCUACCGCCUCUAUUCCUCUGCCGUGUUCAAUGAUGAGUUCCUGAAGUUCUCCAUCGCCGAGAUCCAACAGCGGCCCAUCGAUGACUUGGUGCUGGUGAUGAAAGCCAUGAACCUCCCCGUCAUCAACUUCCCCUUCCCCACACCCCCAGAUAGCCUGCAGGUGAGACAUGCUGUGAGGCGGCUGUUGACACUGGGAGCCCUGCACAAAGUGCCUGACCCAACAGAAAAAUCAAUCCAGGACAAGAAGAGGAUGAAGACUGAGAAAGCCAAAGACCUGAGUCGCAUCACCUCCCUGGGCAAGGCGAUGGCUGCUUUCCCCCUGGCGCCACGCUAUGGCAAGAUGCUGGCCCUCAGCCACCAACACAACCUGCUGCCCUACACGGUGGCCCUGGUGGCAGCCCUCACUGUGCCAGAGGUCCUCACAGAGACCCCACUGGAUGUUAAGGAGUCUGUUGAUGACUUACGGAAGCGGUGGCGUGCAGUGCGGCUGUCCUGGGCAGGACCCGGCCAGGCACAGCUGCUGGGUGAUGCCAUGGUGCUCUUGAGGGCAGUGGGAGCAGCUGAGCAUGAGAGGAGCAACAGAACCUGGUGUGAGAAGAAUGGGCUGAGACACAAGGCAGUGGUGGAGAUACGCAAGUUACGUCGUCAGCUGACCAAUGAGAUCAACCUUAUCAUCCCUUCCUGUGACCUCCUCCUUGACCCCGACAUGGCACCCCCCAGUGAGGAGCAGGCCAGGCUGCUCCGCCAGAUAGUGCUGGCCGGGACGGUGGACCACGUGGCUCGCCGGGUGGACGACCACGAGCUCAAGACUCCCGAGGAUAAGGUGAAGUGGAGGCACGCUUACAGAACUCAGGAGAUGGAGGAGCCUGUGUUCCUGUCCUCGUCGUCAGUGCUGUACAGGGAGAUGCCCAAGUGGGUGGUGUACCAGGAUGUGUACCAGACCCACAAGAUGUUCAUGAGAAACGUGACAGCCAUCGAGGAUGAGUGGCUGGCAGUGUUUGCUCCGUCUCUCUGCACAUUCUCCCCGCCUCUGGAGAAGCCCGAGCCUCGCUAUGACUCAGACAGGGACGCCAUCCUCUGCCACUGCACUGCCACCUAUGGUCCUGCUGGGUGGGUGAUACCACAGGUGGAGGUGGAGUACCCCAUAGGGAGGGAAAUAUUCCGGUGGGUGGCUUACUUCUUCCUCCUGGGUCACCUGUGUCCCGUCCUCAUCCCCUUUGUGCAGCACCUGAAUGAGCCAAGGACACUUGUCAGCCCAGUGGCCCUCAGGUUCCGCAAGGAGAGGGAGAGUCUGCUGCAGGCACUCAUGAGUCGAGGCGCCACCAGCCUUGCCAGAUUGAAAGACAUCUGGGCCGCUGAACCAAAGUACUUGCUGGCAGAGUACACACAGUGGCUACAGGACAAGGAGCUGAAGCCUGAGGUAGCAAGGACUGUGGCCUCCCCUCGGGCAGACUGCAGAAGCUGAGUGGAGCUGAUCCUGCUGUGACAUAGGGGACACCACUCAGCACUGUCACUAGUGUGGACUCCGCAUUGCUCAGUAAUUCCACUGCAACGUCAUCAGUCACGUAUAUUUCAGUGGGUGUGUUUGCUCUUCACCCGGUCAACUUGUGUAUAUAUUUGUUUUAUAAAUGUUGCACAUAAUAAGUAUUGCCAAAUGUCUGUUUUUAUAUUAAAUUAUUGACUGAA